UUGAGUUAAGGUGGUCCAUGGUUAAGUUGUAUGCUUGGAUUCAACACAUCAAUGUAUAAAUUUUAAAUCAUCUAUGUUGAACAUUUAUAACACAUACAUCUACACUAAAUACGCUAUGAAACAAUUAAUAUUGUUUUGAUAAAUUUCUCAUAUUUUUUUCUCUUAAAAUGUCUACAACAAGAUUUAACACAAUGUACUACUUAAAUUUUUUUGAAAAACUUUGUUUUAUUUUGAUAACAAUUUGUCAAACGUUUCAUGGUCAGUUGCUGAAAAAUGAUUUGGAAAAUCAUUUAUUUUGUGGACUUUCUAAGAAACAAAUACAUGAAGCAAUGUCUUAUACUAAUAAUAAAUAUAAAACCAAAGGUAUAGCUAAAAAUGUGGAGUGCUUGGAAGAACGAAACAUCACCAAUGAUCACUGCUUAACAGAACAGUAUGAAUUGAUUGAAUGUCUUCAUAAAGAAUACUUUUUGGCCAAUGAACAAGGGAAUGAGGUUAUUGAAAAUAAUUUAGCAAAUAAGGACAAAAAACUUCAAGAUAUGAUUAAGAAACGUAUCUUACAAAAUAUUAUUGAUGAAAAUGAAGCAUUGGAUAUCAUGGCUAAAGACUAUGAAGAAACAAUCGUACAACAUUUGCAAUCCAUUGACGAUUUGACGAAAAAAACAAUUUGUGCUGACGAUAUAAAUAAAGCGUUGACUAACACAAAAGUGGAAUUGACUACAGUACUACGGCAGCAGAUAUUGAAAAAUAACUCUGAUAAAAUAAGUAGACUUGGCAUAUAUUACAAUUAAUAAUUAACAAUA